AUGUCUGAAUUUGGUCGACUUGUCGAGGAGUACACCAACAAAGGGGAGGCGAGUGUGCAUGGCUUGAUGGCGAAGUGUGUCGAUAAGAACGGAGAGAUCUACAGCAAAAUCGCAGGCUACGACUCCAUCUCUCCCGACGCCUCGCCUCUCCGUGAAGAUGCCGUCCUCAAGGUUGCCAGUGCCUCCAAAUUCAUCACAAGCGUAGCCUUACUCCAGUGUAUCGACCAAGGCAAACUCACUCUCGACGAGCCCAUCUCCCGAAUCCUGCCAGAAGUCGCCGAGUUAAAGGUCCUUGACGAAAUCACAGACUCCCUCGAGGUGCACGAGCACGCCCCCAAAGCCCCCAUCACAGCCCGACACCUCUUGACACACACUUCUGGAAUGGGCUACUGGUUCCUCAACCCCUCGCUCAUGAAGUGGCGAAAACGACCAGACUUCAAACCCUCCAACUUCGUCACCGAACGCUACGCCACGCCUUUGCUCUACGAACCCGGUGAAGGGUGGAUGUACGGCUCCAGCCUUGACUGGGCGGGCAUCGCCGUCCGUCGUCUCCACAACACCACCCUCGAAGACUACAUGAUCGAACACAUCUGGAAACCCCUCGGCCGACAAGCCCCCUUCCCGACGUUCAGAAUCUCGAAGAAACCAGAGUACGAAGCGAGGCUGAUGCAAGGACUUGAACGCACGCCAGAGGGCGGGUUGAAAGAAACAUCCUUCAUCUUCGGAAAUAACGCCGAGGACGAAGAAGGCGGAAAAGACCUCGCGUGUACCAUGGGUGAUUACCUCGCCGUGCUGCAGGACCUCAUCUCCGAUACGCCGAAACUCCUCUCCCCCUCCACUAUCUCUCUCAUGUUCACGCCUCAACUCCCUCCUUCCUCGCCCCAGACGGAUAUGCUCUUGCAAUGGAAACCCGCCUGGGCGAUCUGCACCGGUCCCGUUGCGGAUGAAGACGUCAAUCACGGACUUGGGGGGACGUUAACCUUAGGUCCUGCAGAGGCCAUCGGCCAGCCGAAGAAUGUGCUGUGUUGGGGCGGAGCGUCGAAUGUGAUCUGGUGGAUUUGCAAAGACGAGGGUGUAGCAGGUUUCUUCGCGACGCAGAUGACUCCCUUCGCGGAUAAGAAGAUUCUGGAGUUGACGACGGCUUGGAGGAGGGAGUUUUGGGAGGAAAGGAGAAGAAGUGUUGAUAUGUCUUGA